AUGGGUGCCCAAAUCAGUAAAGUCGAAGAUACAAUUCAUGAUAUCUAUAAGAAAACAUGGCCACAAGCCUGGUAUUUGGCUCCAUCAUUUCUUGCAUCGCUCGGUGCUUUAGGUUACGUUGGAUAUGCUUUUUCUCAAGGAAAGCCAACACCUUCAUCGCCCAGCGUAUCCUUUUUACAUUUACUCGGUGUUGCCGGUGGAUUCGGUAUCAGUUUCUGGAUCACUGCCGUACAUGGUCGUGCUGUUCAGCUAUAUUUCUCGUCGUCAGCUGUGUUAGCUAGUUUAAGUUUAGGAACGUUCUUACUUCGUCAUCCAUUCUCAGCCUGGUCCAAAGAAGCAACUCAAUUGGGUGCCGCAUUGAUUGCUGCAUUAGUAGCAGCUGAAGUCAAUAGUCUUGUUCUCAAUCCAUUGGUAACGAAUUUGAUGUUAGACCGAAAUAACAUCGAAUUUUUACAAGCAGCUAAAACCAGUGAUGAUAUCGAUCGAUUAGUUCGCAACGAUCCAAAAUAUCGUGCCAUUAACAAUAAAUUCAAUUUAUUUCACUCAGUAUCAAUGAUUUCAGGCCUUGUCUAUCACGGUGUUCAAUGGUAUCAUCUCUAUUUUCUUGCUGAUCAUUGUCUGGUGCUUUAA